AUGGCUAGCGCGUCGUCAUCGUCGCCAGCGGAGUUGCCAGCGGAGUCGCCAGCGGAGUCGCCAGCGGAGUCGCCAGCGGAGUCGCCAGCGGAGUCGCCAGCGGAGUCGCCAGCGGAGUCGCCAGCGGGGUCGCCAGCGGGGUCGCCAGCGGCGUUGCCAGUGCAGUCGUUCAACAUGUCUCUGCUUGUCCUCAACGCCACCGGGCUGCUCGCCAAGCUGCCCGCGCUCGCGCCGCUCACUCUCUUCGCGCCCACCGACGCCGCGUGGCGCGCCGCAUUCCACGCCCUCGCCCUGCCGUGCCUCAGCGCCUACAUUCCCUUCCCCGGUCCCAUGGUCGGUGGCGAAACCCCCGAGACCCCCGAGACCCCCAGAUGGAAGUACGGGAACAGCUCGAGCGGCGCGGGCGGCGCGGGCGGUUCGGACGCUGCCAAUUCCAGUAGCCCCGCGCAGCCGACCGUAGCGUCCGCCGUUCCCCCCUCGGCGGGAGAUGCUACGAGCGGCGGUGCAAGCUCGGCGAUGGUUCCCGGCGGCCUUCCGCAGAUUGACUUGCCGCUGCCCAGCGUUCCCGACCUGCCCAUUCCCGAGAUUCCCGGUGGGCCGGGCGGGUUGAAUGUGACAAUGCUGCCUGCGGAUAACAUGUCGCUUGCCACGCCCGAUUUGAACAUGACCAUGCCCAACAUGACCAUGCCUAUCAACAUCCCCACGCCCGACAACUUCAACUGGACCUUUCCCGAUGUGAACACGUCCAUGCCCAACACAAACCCGUUGACUUUCAACCCGCUUCUCGCCGCACUGAGCGCCGUGUUUUCCGGCGACGGCACGCCCGCGUCGCUGGCGGCGGCGCUGGCGAAGGAGAGACCCGAGGCGCUGCAGGCCCUGUCAGACCUCCUCGCGUACUACCCCGAGGCGCUGCAGGCUCUCUCGGACCUCCUCGCGUACCACGUGGCGACCACGGCGCUGAACUCGGUGGCAAUCGCGGCGCAGUUCACGGCGGCGGGGGAUGCGGGCAACCUGACGACGGUGAGCGGGCAUGCGAUGUGGAUCAACUACAACGCGAGCGAGUCGGCGGCGCUGCUCAGCGCGUACUCGCCGGCGCAGCGCGUGCUGAUUGGCGAGGGGGUGAGCGUGGGGUGCGACGGCACUGUGUGCUUCCCGAAUGGCACCGCCGUGGCGGCCAACGGCACGGUCAUAUUUGACCCCGCUAGCCCCGUGGCUGUUGACUCGGGGGGCAACGCGUUCUUUGCCAACGGCACCGUCGUCAGCGCCAAUGGCACUGUUGUGAGCGCCGACGGCACCCUGGCAACCAAUGGCACCGCCAUCGCCAUCGACGGGCCGGGCUUUGACGCCAUGUGGGAGCAGGCUGGUAGUGAUAUGAACGUGGCUCGGGUGGUGCGGGCUGAUCUGAUGGACAGCGGUAGCAUCGUGGUCCAUGGCGUGGAUGGCGUGCUGUUUCCCCACUUCCGCGACUUGCCCGUGUUGAAGGGCGGCGCAGGAGGAGGAGGAGAGGGCGCCGUGCCUAUGCCCUUUGCCAUGCCUGUCGUGGCACUUGGUGGCGUUGCUAACGACAGCACGAACGGCACCGGCACGAAUGGCACUAUGACUGGCGAGAAGCCCGAUGACAGUGCUGCCACGGCACCACCUGCUGGGUCACCUCCCCCGAGCAACUCACAGAGCAAGGCUGCUGCAGGUCCCCUCCUCUUGGCUGCUGCUGCGCUCUCUCUUGUGGCUCUGCUUUAG